UACCCGCACGCCCCACUCACCCUCUACCACCUCUAUCUCGCACAAAUGUCUGGCAAGGGAAAAGCUGGCAAGUCUUCCUCUGGCAAGGCUGGUGGUGAGGCCGGAAAGUCGCAGUCGCGUUCCGCCAAGGCGGGUCUCCAGUUCCCCGUCGGUCGUGUUCACCGUCUCUUGAAGAAGGGCAACUACGCCCAGCGUGUUGGUGCUGGUGCCCCUGUCUACCUUGCUGCGGUCCUCGAGUACCUUGCGGCUGAGAUCCUCGAGCUCGCUGGUAACGCGGCUCGCGACAACAAGAAGCAGCGUAUCGUGCCCCGUCACCUGCAGCUCGCCAUCCGGAACGACGAGGAACUGAACAAGCUCCUCGGCGAUGUCGUCAUCUCCCAGGGUGGUGUCGUCCCCUUCAUCAACCCCGAGCUCCUACCCUCAAAAUCCAACAAGGGCAAGAAGGAGGGCGCCUCCCAGGAGGUGUAGAUGCUCCUUUCUCCGCUUCGUCUCGUCUAUCUCGUAUCCUGUUGGGAACUGUAAUUGUACUUUGUCGUAUGUGUCUCUUAAUGAUUCUACCAUGCCGUGUAUUAUGAUCGCAACCCUUGGUGUGCAUCGACUGCAGGGAUAUUAGCCUUAU